AAGGAGGCAUCUGUUUGUAUUCUGUCUGUCGACAGAUGCGAGAUGGGGAGGGAGGGAGGGUUUGAGUGAGCGUAGGAACCUCGACUGCCUCUGUGAUCGAUGGAGGUCGAGGAGGUAGUAGUGGUAGUGGGGGCGUCGAAGACGACGAUGGCGGCGAAGGUUACAGCAGGGAGCUCAUGUGUUACGCGGUCAGCGAUGGCGUGUCUGGGCGCGAAGAAGAUUGCGGGUGUGGAGGAAAAGUUACGAAGCGAAAAAAAAUUGGGAAUAGGAAGGAUGACGCGAGAGAUGAGAAUUUUACUCAUGAGUGAUUGAGUGUUGAAAAACUGCGGCCUUUCUUGUUUGCGGUUUCUGAGAGGAGAGGAGAGGCGAGCAGUGGAGUGGUGUUGAGUUGAGUGCAGCGGAGAGUUGUGGGGAGUCGUGGUGGAUUGGUUUGGAUUCAUGGACGCUCGAGGGAUCUGAGGGGGAAUUGGGUGGUUCUCUGAAGACGGAGGAAAUAUUGUUCUGGCCGGUGUGGACGAGGGAGAGAAACUGUGAGGGCAUCUGGAGGGAUCGCGCCUACGAGCUAUGUCCGACGACGAGGAGGACGAUGGGACCUGAGGAUUUGAAAUUUGUGGACCGGUUAGUGUUGAUCCGAUGUCUUCGCGACUUGAAUUCCGCUUCGUAUAGGGCCGAAUAAAGUUGUGGACUUGGGGCUCGCACUUACAGCAGCCUAGUAAGUGCAGUAGACGACUGGAUUUGCAAUUGCAAUGCGGCUGGAGCAAGCCGGGGCCGACGACGAUGAAGACGGUGAGGGAUCUACUGGACGAGGCCAAGAAGCGGACGAUCCUGGUUUUAAUCUGGGUUGUAGGUCUGGCCUAUGCUAUGUCCUUGACGUCUCACUCCUUCUGGGUCAAUAUUCCCGUCGCCCUUCUUAUCAUCGCUGUAUUACGCUGCCUCUCAGGUGAGAUCGUGGUUCGAUGGAGAUCGAGCCGUCCUUUCGCGACCGCAAUCCCUCCCUCGAUCUCUCGCAAGCGAGGUCGGGGCCGCCAAGCACCAACGAAGUUUCCAUCAGCCAAUCAUACGCUGUUGGAGUUCUGGCGCCGCGGAGUGGAAGCUCCAGAGGUCGAGGCCGCCCUCAGCGACCUUACUAAGUCUGUUGUGAGUGAGUGGGUCACGAAUUUGUGGUUCUCGUCCAUCAGCUCGGACCAGGAAUUCCCGGACGAGCUGAUGGCUCUGAUAAAUGGCGUGCUGGGCGAGGUGGCGCAGCGGGCUAAGAGGGUAAACCUUAUCACUCUUUUGACUCAGGACAUUGUGGAUUUGGUGGCCAGCCACCUAGAGCUUUUCAGGAGAACGCAGGCACGAGUGGGAGCGGACAUUUUGGGAAUUCUGUCCUCAGAGGAGAGGGAUGAGAAUCUCAAGUCGGCUCUGGCGGCAACAGGGGAAUUGCAUCCAGCGCUUGUUUCAGCCGAGUCGGAAUCGAAAGUUCUGCAGAAGCUUAUGGGGGGAGUAGUUGCUCUUGUUCUGAAGCCCAGUGAUGGCCACUGCAGAGUUUUACGGUCCCUGGCCCGGGAAAUGCUAGCAUGUGCUGUUAUGCGACCUGUCAUGAACAUUGCAAGCCCUGCGUUCAUCAACAUGCAGAUUGAAAAUGCCGCUAUUUCGAGUCAGAAUGCCCCCCUUCCGAAAGUAGAGGCCAAUGCGUCUAAGCCAGCAAAGCGAGCUCCUGAUCCACCCAUAUAUAAGGAGCCUUCCGAGCCGGGACUGGAAAUGGUGGAGGUGACACCCACGAAGGGCCAACACGUACAAAGCGAAUCGUUGACGAGAGGCGCUUCCACGGACUUGGGUGGGAAAAAUGAAGCGAAAAGUCCCGGGGGUACUCCUCUCGAUAAAAAAGAUGGUUACUCGGGGUCCCAAAGGGAGAAUUGGGCCCAGGUGUUGGAGGUCGUGAAUCAGAGGAAAACUCAAGCUCUUGCUCCUGAGCAUCUGGACAAUCUUUGGACCAAGGGACGCAACUACAAAAAACGAGAGCUCAACAAGGCUGCAGUGAAACCCAAGGAAACGAAUAUCACCAAGGAGCAGCCAGUUUCUCAUCCCCUGGCUGUGGAGCCCCCGGUGCCGCAAGUGAAACCCAAAAAACCUGACGGAAAGACUACUGAGUUAGUGGAGCUGCGGCCUGUGAGCCAACAAUCUGCUGGAGUCAGUCUGGCUGGGACGGAGCAGGUGGAGAGUAAUCCCUCGAGAGCACAUGGGUUCGAGCAAGAAGUCGUGCCUAUGAGAAAAUCUCGCAGCAGCGGAGGACUGCUUGAUGGUUGGCAGGAUCUGGAGCAGCAGCACCAUCAGGAAGGAAUUCCCAGCAUGUUGAAAGCCGGAGACGCUACUGGUUACGAUCCAAGGCGAAAAUGUGCAGUCCGGAGAGUGGGAGGAAAGCGGACUUUUAUGGAGUCUGCACAGCCUGAGAACUUACCGCUCGCCACUCAGACAAGCUGGACCAGCCAGCUACAGGUUGAUGUGGUGGGUGCCCAUUUCGAAAAGAGUGCUGCUAAUAAAACAUUUGCCGUGUAUUCCAUCUUUGUCACAGAUGGUCCAGAUGGACACAAUCGUACCUGGGAGGUGCAAAGACGAUUUCGAAAUUUUGAACAGCUCCAUCGUAGUCUCAAGGACAAGCCCUACUACUCUCUCAGUUUACCAUCCAAGCGGUUUUUGUCCUCAAAUCUGGACAACUCGCUCAUCCGCGAACGUUGCGCCCUUCUGGAUCAAUAUCUGAAGGAUCUUCUGUCCAUUCCAAGCUUAGCUGAGCUCCAUGAGGUUUGGGACUUCCUGAGUGCUAAUUCUCAAACUUAUGGUUUUGGAGAAUCCCAGUCUAUGUUCAAGACAUUGACAUCCAAUGUGGAUGAUGCUGUGGAUGACAUGUUCCGGCAGUUUCGUAACAUGUCCGAAAACAACCAAGAGAAGCUGAAGACAGCUCCGCCUGACCUGCGGCAGCGUGCUGGUUUCUACAAUACCCAAAUUGCCAACAACAAUCCCAACAUCAGUCACCUACCGAUACUAACUCUACCAGUUUCGAACGGCGUCAGCAGCCGGCCCAUGGGUAUUGCAGCGGAUAAGAAGGCAGCUUCUCAGCAGAUGUAUUGGGAGGAUGAUAGCUUGUAUCCAGCUCAUUACGACCUUCCACAGAACGUCGGGAAUUUGGCUUGGCGCUCUGAGUAUGAUCUACAACCUUCAGGACAAGCUGCAGGAAGCCCGUUAGGAUCAGAAUCGGGAGGGUUGGAGGCACAUAGAGAUGCACGCAGCAACUUUGACGUUAACAAGUUAUACGAUGGAAAAGAGCGGGCUUUAUCCGAGGGUCAUUCCCCGGUAGGGUCUCUUGCAGGUUCAGAUAUGGCGGAGGAUGAUAAUCUUGCCAUUCCCCCAGAUUGGGGACCGCCAAAAGUGAGUGUACCGCUCCUCAACCUGGUGGAUGGGAUCUUUGAGUUGCAGGGUAGAGGCUGGAUUCGACGGCAAGUUUUCUGGAUGGCGAAGCAAAUUCUUACGCUAGGCAUGGGUGAUGCCAUAGAUGACUUUCUGCUGGGAAAGAUCCAGUGGCUUAGGAAAGAGGAGGUUGUUGCAAGUGGAAUUAGAUGGCUCCACAGAAUAUUAUGGCCGGAUGGCGUCUUUCUUACCAAACAUCCCUCACGACAACAGGCCAACAACCACAAUGGCACCAACGGCCAGGCUGAAAGUUUCGAGCAUAGGUUGGAAGCAGCUCGGCGCGCUGGAGUCGUCCGGGAGAUCAUUCUCGACCGUGCUCCUGCUGGUCUUGUUAGUUUGAUUGGAAGUAAGCAGUACAAGCGCUGUGCUACUGACAUAUACUUCUUCCUACAAUCUGGAGUUUGUAUCAAGCAGCUUGCCUUCAGUCUGCUUGAAAUGCUGUUGGUUUCAGCAUUUCCGGAGCUUCAUGACCUCGUGUUGGAAGUCCAUGCCAUGUAGAAGAAAUUUUGUACCUUAGAAGACACUCACUAGAUAUCUGUAAUGGGUUCGGAAGCUGUAGGUUGAUUGGAUCACGCAGAUAUUAUCCAGCCAGUUCAGCUUCUAUCCCCUGAAGUUGCUCGAGAGCAAGUGAUUGCGGUACUGCAUGAUUCGUAGAGUGGAUUCCUUCCUUGAUGAUCUCCUCCCGUUUGUCACCCAAAAUUCAGACUUACAGCACUUCGCUGUUACUUCAGGAAAUAGUUCUUACGUGUUUUGAAACUCCUUGGCCUCGUCAGAAGGUCUACUGUGCAAGUCCAUCUGCCGAUGGGCCUCGUUGCAGUGAGUGAUUUAUUGUCAAAGAUUGCCGUCCCACUUUACUACAGUAAGAUUACAGAGCAAAAUAGCCACCAAGAUAUUGUUAACCCUCUUGGACCGUUAAGAGUGUAGUAGAAGGCCCUUCAUAUUCUAGAGGGUUGCCCGUAAGUCAACAGUCAAGCAGUGCUUAGGCUUUGGAGUUGUGGAGAUCGGAGGUACCAAGCUGGAUCUGGGUGUCCAGAGCUAUGGCUACCUUAUAGUAUACCAUGAAGAAUUAGUCUACGCACGAUGGAAUGCAGCUGUGGAACUGAUGAGGGGCAAUUCUCAGUCUGAACCCUCACGCAAAAAGAGCUUUCUGCCACUUGAGAACGUAUCACUUUGCGAAAGAUCCCGAGUUUGUGUGCGUCAGGGGUUGGACACAAGUUGAUCAGGUGACUUCUGGUCAUACUUCAUCAAACUGUAACUGUAGUUGGCGUUGCAUUGAGUAGGGGCUUGUAACUUUAGGAUAUGCUGAACUUGGGCAUCUGAAAGCAAUCAAGUGUUUCCUAGGUUUGCUUUCUGGAGGAGAAUGGAAAUUUAGUACUGGCAUGUUUCAGCUCCUCAAUGUCUACCUCUCACGGGUGAUAGUGGUACACAAGCCACCAGUAUUAUCUAAGUUUUCAGUAGUACCCUGUGUUGGGUCCCUUCUGAAUCCUAUAUCCGUCGUCAUCCAUUAUGUACAACACGGAACGUUGGACCUUAAAUUAGAAUGAAGAGUUAUUGAAGACAGUAGUCUACCACAUACAUCAUCACGAGUCUUCAAGGAGCCCAGUCCCCGUAAGUUUACUCAGAUAUCAUUGUCUAGUCAGGAUUAGAUGAGAGUUUCGUAUGCCCUUUGUGGUAGUCUAUUAUGAUUACUUUGAAUGUUGCUGGCUCUGUAUGUUUGACACGUGUCUCUCUUACUCGAGAGACUAAAGCUGUCGAAAAGCUAACUUCUCUGUUAGAAAGUGGGAGCAAGGCGCUCUGACGUUGUAAUCCUUGUCAUGUAAAAAGUCUAUUACCGCCACAGGCCAGUGAGAGGAUAUGAAGCAGCCUUCACAAGGAUUGCCGAUCGGUCGCUGACUUGUGAGAGGCCCGGUUUCUCG